CUGAAACAGUCACGUGCAUAAACUCACAUGACAAGUAUUGGACGUGGAAGAAAACUUUGAAAUCGAACAACUCCAUAUGUACACUGUACACGUACAUGUACAAGUAGGGCCUACGUUCGUACGCAUGAUCAUUGUCUCAGAGGGUUAUUUAGAAGUCUUAAGAACGACGUAUUCUCUCACCCCAUCUUAUUCUUUGAAGCCCGUAGAACGUAUCGCAUCAGGUCAUCUUCAGUUUUGACCAUCCGGGCAAGAUAUUUUGCAGCGGAAUGCGUUAUCUGGACCGUGCGUCGCUAGUGGUUUGCGCCGUGCUUGCAGCGCUGUGCACGGCAGGCAACGGGCAAUUCCCCCGCCAUAGGCCGGUAGGCCUAGGACUUGGUCUCCGCGUUGGAUCCACGGCUAGUGCAAAUUGUCCAGACAACAAAUGCCAUAUAUAUGAAACUUAUUACAUCGAUCAAAAGAUUGACCAUUACAGUUUUGUAAGUGAUGACACAUACAAAAUGAGAUACCUGAUGGCCCAGCAGUAUUGGGACAAAAACGGUGGGCCCAUAUUCUUCUACACCGGCAAUGAGGGCGACAUCACAUGGUUUUGUGAAAAUACAGGCUUCAUGUGGGACAUUGCUCCUGAAUUCAAAGCAAUGUUGGUGUUUGCCGAGCAUCGUUACUAUGGUGAUUCUCUACCAUAUGGGAAAGACUCAUUCAAGGACAGAAAGCAUGUAGGAUACCUGACAUCAGAGCAGGCACUGGCUGACUAUGCCGUGCUCAUCAAGCACAUAAAGGCAUCCAUACCAGGGGCAGCCAAUAGCCCCGUGGUAGCUUUUGGCGGUUCAUAUGGCGGUAUGCUGGCAGCUUGGAUGAGAAUGAAGUACCCAGAUGUUAUUGUAGGAUCUGUUGCAGCCUCAGCUCCUAUCUGGCAGCUCAACAAUCUCACAAACUGCAACGCGGCUUCCUCUAUCGUCACGAAAGACUUCACUGAAGUCAGCCCCACCUGCAGCAAGACCAUCCGCACCAGCUGGGCGACCAUCAAUAAGUUUGGGGAAACUCCUGAAGGCAGAGAACAGCUUAGGACAUCCCUGAGGCUCUGCAGCCCCGUAGAGACCAAGUACGAUGUGGCAGCCAUCAAGGGUUGGCUGAGUGAAACCUGGUUCAACCUGGCCAUGGUAGACUACCCCUACAAUGCGUCUUUCUUGGAGCCUCUUCCGGCUUUCCCCAUUGAGGUUGUCUGCUCACACAUCAAGACGAACAAUGCCAGUGGCGUCCCACUGCUAAUGGAACUGGGUGCAGCAGUCAAUGUCUACUACAACCACACUGGCUCCACCAAGUGUUUCAACACCUCACAGACGGCUACUGGAUCUCUUGGAGAUCUGGGCUGGGGAUUUCAGGCCUGUACAGAAAUGGUGUUGCCGUCAUGCUCGGAUGGCAAGCACGACAUGUUUGAGCCUUCACCAUGGGUCUACAAGGAAUAUGUCAAAAGUUGUCAGGAAGAGUGGAACGUGACCCCCAGACCCGACUGGCCCAUCAUUCAGUACUGGGGCAAGAACAUAUCGGCAGCCAGUAACAUUGUUUUCAGUAACGGCCUUUUGGACCCCUGGUCAGGAGGUGGGGUAUUGAAGUCCAUCUCGGACAGCCUGGUGGCUGUCAUCAUUCCAGAUGGGGCACACCACCUGGACCUGCGCUCCAAGAACACGGAUGAUCCGCCCUCCGUGACUGCAGCUCGCAACACGGAGAAGGCCAACAUCAAGAAAUGGAUCGCAAAAGCCAACGCGGACUUGUAGAUUGGAGACUUUAGAUCCUGUCUGGUAGCAGGUAUUGUCUUCAACAUUGGAUUCCACCUACGUGUUGCUAUGCUCUCUGAAAUAAUUAAGAAUGAAUAAUGAAGGCAUCUUUGAGUACCAAAAAUGUCAAAUGAUUUUUUUGUCUUUUUUUGACCUGUUAAGCUUAUAAAAAAUUUACACACCCAAGAAAGUAUAAACUAUCCGUGGAAAUGACUGAUGGCACCCAGUUUAUUUUAUUGUGAUUUAAGAAAGGGGCAUGCUUUUCUUUUGAGGAGAAUUCUGUAAGUCACUUUGUACAGCCAAGCAGAGCAGUUAAAAAGAAAACUGAAACUGUCAUGUGAGAAAUGGAGCAAACAGCAAAUAUCUGGCACACCAACAAAUAAAGUCAUUUGACCUCCAUUGAACUGAAAUUUAAACAGCGGGCAAACUCACUUCAAAACAAUUCAAAACAACAAAAACAGAAUGCUACCUUUCUGCCUCAACAUUUACAUUCAAUAAAGAAUAGACCAUUAGCAGUUUGUUCAGACAGUGAGGGCUGUUUUUAUUGAGGGGCAUUUUAAUCGAAUAGGCCUAUCUUGUUUAUAAAAUGCAGCUUUAUAAACUGGCCAUUCAUGUUUUUUGGGGCAGCUGUCAUGACUCUCUCUAAGGGUGCACUGAACCAAUUCAAGCUCCAUUGAAAAUAGUGUAAAAUCAACCAAGUUUGAAGCCCCAUG